AUGUUCUUCACCAUUCUAUGGCAGGAUGCCGUCGGAGGUCUGCAGGUAGUCAACCGCGAUGGUCAGUGGAUUAGAGCGACACCCAUUCCGGGAACAUUUGUCGUCAACAUUGCCGACUACCUACAGCGCAUCACGAGCGAUCGUUACAUGAGCAGCAUUCAUCGCGUGCAGAACUGGGGCGGUCAGGAGCGAAUGAGUAUCCCUUUCUUCUGGGGCUUUGGGCUCAAAGAAAGCUGCAGCGUGGUAGAAAGCUGUGUGGAGGCUGGGGAAAAGCCAAAAUAUGAAACCAUCUCUUGCAGAGACUGGCUGAACAACAGACUGAUGGCGAUGUUUCGCACCACCACUGAUGUGAUUGACGUGGUCGAAUAA